AUGCGAACCAAUACCGUAGAAUAUACUAGAGCCGAAACACCGUACUUUAAAUUGAAUUUACAAGAUAUGUCUAAAAACUGUGAAACAUUUACAUUGGUAUGGUUAGAUACAAAUGUCAAGAAAGAACGAGAUAAUAAUGACAUGCAAAAGAAAUUACGAGCAAUAAUUAGUUUUCUGAUAAUAUUUGAAGAUUUUGAUCAGUGUCAAACUUAUAUUAAUAAACACGAUAAAAGUAAAGAAAAUAAACUCGUUUUAAUUGUAUCUGGUACGUAUGGGCUACAAAUUAUUGAAUACGUUCAUGCUUUACAGUCAGUUAAAGCAAUAUAUGUUUAUUGCAUGGAUAAAAUAAAACAUGAACAAUGGGCGCAAAAAUAUGAAAAGAUUAAAGCCGUUGUAACAACAUCUUCGGAAUUGAUUGAACGUAUCAGAGAUGAUCAAGUCGUACGCGAACAAAUUGAAGUAUCAACAAUGCCAAUAGCUAUAUUCAAUGAAAAAACUCAUACUAAUGUUGAUUCAGAAAAUGGUAAUUUUAUGUGGUUGCAGUUAUUGAUUGAAGUAUUACUUCGGAUGGAUCAAAAAGAAAAUGAGCAAGAGGAACUUCUACAAAUAUGUGAGAAAACUCAUGCGGAUGAUCAAGAUCAGCUACAAAAUAUUGAUGAGUUUCGAAAAUUCUAUUCAUCAAACACAGCACUUCGAUGCUUUGUAUCAUCAACGGCGAGCACAGAUCAGUUACGACGUGUUCUGUUCGAAAUAAAUAUUGAUCCAACUAUAAACACGAAACCGUAUGCUGACAUUUCGAAAAAAAGUUAUUUCAAAAAUGAGAGAGAAGUAUUAUUCUUUCUCGGUUCAAUAUUUCAAAUAAUUGACGUGCGAGAUGAUAAUGGACAAGUAAUAAUUGUCUUGAAUUUAUGCAGUGAACAAAAUCAUAAAUUCAAAGAAUUAUUUGAACAUUUAAAGUCAAAAAUUGGCGAAAAAACAGAUUUAGCGUCAUUUGGUAGUCUGUUGUUUCAAAUUAGCGAUUAUGAGAGAAGUGAAAAAUAUUAUAAUCGAUUGCUGAUGACUCUAGAACACAAUGAAUAUUCGUCACGCGCAUCAUGUUAUCAAGGACUUGGAGUGAUUGCUAAACGACAAGGUCUGUAUGACAUUGCAAUUAAACACAAUGAAGAGUCGCUCAGAUUGAAUUUAUUAUUGCCAAAUAAUUAUAAAAAUACAGCAGCAAAUUAUCAGUCACUGGCCGUUGCUUAUGAGGGAAAAGAGGACUAUGUAAAUGCUUUGAAGCAUUUUAAUAAUGCAGUUGAUAUGUUAACACUGUUCAACAAUUACAUGGCAUUGGAUGUUUACUGCAUUUUUUCCAAAUUAUCGAAGUGUGUAAUAUGUAAAUUAAUCUUUACUCAAAAAAUAUUGGUCAAGACUAUCCAGACAUAG